AUUAGGGUUUCCGUGCCUUAAUGUAUACAACAUUUGGGCCCUGGCAAGACGGUGCAAGACGGCAACCGAAAUAGGAAUCGCUAUCCAAAGUGGGCAUACGCUCGUCUCACCUUAUGCUCGCUGUUUUUUUGGUUAGUUUUUUCGGCACACGUUUCUCGAAGAGUGCGACUUUCGUGGUGAACGGUGAAGAGGACGCUUGGUCCAAUUGGCAUUGACGAGUGUAGAAUAGCGGCAUCAACCCCGAAUAGCUCGUUUGUCUCCGCUAAAACGACGCCCUGGGGAGUCUACGCCUCAUAAUCUGCCAAAAUCUGCCAGUUGACUUUUGCUUUGUAUCAAUUUGCUAGAAUCGACGAAAUAAGCGGGAUAAGCCGUUGAAGAUUUUCGUCAUCGUAUGGACGGUUAAAGUUCGGUUUAUUGGUGGGUGUGAGCGUCGCCCUCGUAAAGUAACGCGCGGUGCGUCUAGUAGUACGUACUGUAUCCAAUAGGACAUAAUGGCGGAUGUUAAGGAAGGUCGCAAACGAGUAGCCGUUGUGGAUAAUCUCAUCAAGCGACUUCGAGCUAAAGGUGAGCUUAACAUUCAGCCGGUGCGGCACUUCGGGCCAAAAUACGGCCAGCGUCAUAAUCCGUAUGCUAAUGGUGUUAAAAAAUAUGAGUUGACCGGAGCUGGCAUCUACCGGGAGGAUAUCGCCUGCGCGAACACUCCGGGGUCAAACAGCACAGCAACCUCUCCGCAUAACCAUAACAGUAAUUGUAGUAGUACUACUAAUGGUUCAAUUAAUAGUACUACAGAAGGUCACCGUCCACAAUUGAACCAGACAUCGUCUACGGCGAGUUCAUGCAAGAACCAAAUGAACGCGAAAAGCUCACGUUCGUUGCAGAUCGGAGGCAGAUCCGGCGGCCAAAUGCGUCGGUUUCGUAAGUCCGUUUUUGCAUCGAGCAGCUACGCGACGAAUGACUUGUUUAGCUCGGCUAACGUACCUGCCAUAGACGGACACAUGCCUCACAUACGUCGCGUGGGAGAUGAUCGUUUAGGGUCUAGAGAUCGUGCGGACGGUGAGCGCGACAUGUGCGUCGAUAUACAACAUGCUUCCGGUAUAAUAAACGUUAUGGGUAGCAGCAAUGGCAGCAGUCCCACUUCAGACCAUUACGGCCCCGGUGACGAUAUGGUCAGCAUCGUUCAAGGGGAUGAAGCCGGCCAAAGCGAUAUGUAUUUGUGCCGAUUGGACAACGGCUUUGCCCAAGAGACUACACUUUAACAUUGGUGAUUUUAAAGCCGACUAAUCGGCCUAGUCUGGGAUUUAGUCAUCGAAUCAUGCAGAUGAUCAGAUGAAACAGUCUCAAAGCUUUCAAGACGUUUUUUUUGGAUACUAGUAAAGCGAAAGUUUAGUUCAUGGCGCGAACGCGAGCAGCGCCUAUGAGACUCUUUCAUUUAUCUGGUGAUACGCUCUGCUGUUUUGGCAUAUCUAGUUUAAUUUAUAUGGAUAAUUCAUUCAUGAUUAUACCAUAAUAACGAUGACGAUUAAAUAGAAGAACAGUUUGUUGUUCUUUAAUGAAUUUGGCUGCGCGUUUAAGUAUCUCAUUUGCCGUCGUCUCAGAUAUGAGCAGAGUAAUAGCGAUAGGGAAAUCAAGAACAAUGCCUAUGAAUGAAUUAAACCAAAUAAACGAAGUUUUAUAAAUAAAAGCAAAGCUUUGUGUGUCUGCUUGCUAACGCUCAAAGAGCGCGCACGAUGGACUAAUUUUUUUUUACUAUUACGUACGUAACCAUGUCUACAUAGUUUCAGAAGACAUAUGCCAUUUUUUGUUUAAUUUUAGAAAUCGGAGGAUCAAGUU